UAUCGUUUCUCUUUAGUUUCGUUUACAGCGACACAACUACCAAGGCCUAACUUCAUCUUCUACGAUAUAUACAAUUCAUACAAUUUCUUUUGUUGUCAAUUUUUUGUAAUCUCGAAUCUCGUGUUUUUAAACCGUAUUUUUCAACGAUGAAUCAACAACAAGGGAAGCAAACCAGCGCAGAAACUCGUUCCGCGAAAAGUUUAAAAGUUUCAAAUCCUAAUUUGCAGAAACCUGGUAGUUUAAGAGGUGUGCAAUUUAACGAGGGUAAAAAGAGGUUAGGUUCGAAGAAUUCAGGUACGAAUUCGGUGAGUCGAGUGUUUUUCCAUAAACGUACAGAUCGGAUGAAGGUUCCCAAGUAUCAGAAUACCUAUCGGCUCGAAUCAUUUAAUCCCUUCAACAUAGAAGUGGUCGAUAACAUGGUGAGAGACACGAUGGAGAGUAAAUUGUCGACGGUGACGUCCUAUCAUCCAAAUACCAUGGCCAAAUUGUGCUGCGAGAUCGACAACGAGUUGCAAAACGCGCUCCUCAAAAAGGAUUACGAUAGGUACAAACUAGUGGUGCAGGCGACGAUAGUUCAACGUUUCGAUCAAAGUUUACACGCGGGUUUUCAAUGCCUUUGGGACGUGGAACGAGACAAUUAUUCGUACUACGUUUUUCAAAACAACCAUAUUUACGCUUGGUGUUGUGUAUUCGCCAUAUAUUACGAGUAAAAAUUCAUCGUUCUCCGGUUAAAUCGCGCGGACGCAAUAUGCUCGAUAUACGUUACAAUUUCAAGCUAAUUUCUUUUUUUUUAUCUUUCUCUUUUUUUUUGUAACUCCUGUGCGUGAUAUCAUCCGACACCAGAUUACAUAAUGGCGAAAAUAUAUAUAUAUAUAUAUAUAUCGCGACUUUUACGAGAAUUCACAUACGAAUACACGAGCGUCAAAUUUGUUUCGGCUUUUUUUGCGAUCGCGCAUCUGACAGCACAAAUUCUUUUUUUUUAUCGCUCGAAUAUAAAAAAUUAUACAAUAAAUAAUUUCGAAAACUGUACAUCAAACGAGAAAAAAAAAGAAAGAAAGAAAGAAAGAAAGAAAGAGAGAGAGAAAAAAAUAAAGGUUUCUUUCGAUCGAUUAUAAAGUAACAGCGCGGUAUUAAUAUUUAUUAGUUUUACAACUCCGCCCUUUUCUCUUCCCUCCUCUUCUGCCCCUCUCCCUCUCCUCCCACCUUUCCUUACCUUCGGCCGUCCCCGUUCGGUUUUUCACGAUGAUUUAUCGAGAAACUUUCGUCCACCCCUCAUCGGAAUAAUAGCCGGCCGAUUUAAAGUUUCGGGAACAUGUCCGACAUUUUUAUAGAUAUUCGCGGACUUAUUGGAACAUCGAAGCCACGAUUUCACGAUCCGUUCGACGAAGAGAGAGAAAAAGGACGACGACGGAGAGAGGCGGCUUUGUCUCUUGUCUCACUGGAAGAUCGAGGAUCGAAGGUCGCAUUCCGUAUUCUCUUCGUCUUAUCGAAUGAUUCAUCGCCGAGUCGAGACGAAGGGGGGAAAGGGGUUAAGAGAGGGCGGAACGGAAAGGAAAAUGAAAAUUCGUGGCGAUAUAUAUCAUCAGUGUCAUUUCGUUUCGCAAGACGAAUACGUGGUCUCUAACAUUGAAACAAUGCAGUUUCGAAUAUUGAUCUAUAGCGUUGCCGAUACCAGGACAAUUUCCUGGCCGAUAGAUUUUUUCCCGUGAUACGAUUAGAAGAAAUAUAAGCGGCGCUUUAAUGACCCUGCUGGAAAUUACGGGGAGGGGACGUGUGGCGCGUCGUUUGGUUAAAUUAAUGGUGCAAUUUCGGGUCCUGUGUUUCCCUGAAACACACAACGUGCGUGCUUUCGGGGAGAGUGGGGAGAGAAUGGAAGAAAAAUAUAUCGGCAACUCACCGGAUAUCCGAUUAUCGGUGAAUAUGUCGUGUUUCGUUCUUUUUUCCUUUUUCUUUUUUUUUUCUUCCUCGCCACGAUUUCCAUAAGUCCUUGAUAUAACCGUUGCUCAACCUGAACGACGCGUUGUUCUUUGGGCGUUACGGCUCUAAGAUUUAUGCGGUUGCAUCUGGACGGGGUUGAAAUUGCUUUUCCUUUCGAUGUCGUUUCCUGGGAAAAAAAAGUGGAAUAAGAAGGAAAGGGGGGAGGGGGAGGGGAGAAAAAGAAGAUUUAUUCGCAGCGCGUUUCGUUUCAUUUACGUCGAAAUCUCCAUCCUCCCUCCCGUCUUUCUGUUUUGCCCGUCGAAAACUUGGAACGAUAUCGCACCCUUCCUCUCUCCAAAACGAUGAUACGAAAAAAAAAAAAAAAAAGAAAAAAGGAAGGGAAAUAGAGAUCGCGUAUCGUUUCGACGCUUAGAGGAUCGGUGCACGCACGAAGAGAAAUUUACAUUCGUAGAAGUUUGGACGGUGACGGAAAGCAGUCUGUGGUUGCAAGCAAGAGGGGGGAAUUCCGACCGCCUUCUGGUUUUCGACAGGGAAGAAAACUUGAUCGACGUCAGGUAGCGGGACAAUCUAUCACCGAAGCUGGCUCUGUUACUGGCUUCGACGUAAAAUCAAUGCAGAUUCUCAUUUCCAUGUAAAUUAUCCUCAACACAUAGGUCGGUGUCGAAAGCGGGAAACGGACAGUCGUUGCGGACGUACGCGCCGCGAGUUCGCGCGCAUUUUUUUCCUCGUGGGAAAAUUUUUGUUCCUCGUUCCUUGUAAUGUCGGAUCGGCCGUGUCGCGAGGAAACAUGACGCGAAAACAUGAUUAAACUUUUCUGAUUAAAAAAAAAAAAAAA